AAAUGAUUGAGAGAGAGAGAGAAAGAGAUGUCAGAAUAGAAUUAAUGUAAAUUUUUUUUUUGCCACCACAACACACAUAAUUUCGGCAUAAAAACUCGCGGUUAUUGAUUUAAUUUUCGUUUCGUUUUUUGAACCAAAAAAAAACUUGUGCAUUUUAAUAAUCUUGUUGUAAAAUAUUGAAACUAGAAUGUCUGAAAUGAUUAACGAAAAUGAUAAUAAUGACAAUGGUGGUGGUGAUGAACAACAAUUUCAAACAUUAUCCGAUACAUUAAUCGAACAAUUGGAUAAAUGGGAAUAUAAUGAUAAAAAUAAUCAUCAUCAUCCAUCAACAAAUGUUGGUCGUAUAUCAUUAUAUAGACAAUUUGAUCCAUUAGUUGGUACACCGAUUAAAAUCGAAUCAUCAUCAUCAUCAGUAUCGAAUAAUAAUGAUGUUCCAAUUGUUAAUGAUAAUGUUAUUGUUAUCAACAACAACAAUGAUGAUAUUCACAAUGGUAACAAUAAAAUUGAUGAUAAUAAGAUUCUUAAUGGUAACAACAACAACAACAAUAUUGUUGUUGAUGAUGAUGAUGUUCAUAAUCAAACAUUUAUCAAAGAUGAAACAGAUAUCGAUGAACAAGAACAACAACAAUUCGAACAAUUGGAACAAGAAAAUGAACAUUUAAAAUCAUUAAUGGAACAAAUGUUAUUGUAUAAUGAAGAAAUUAUUAAUCGAUCAAUGGCAAAAAUAACUAAACAGAAAAAAGAAUCGGAUGAAAAAGAUGAAGAAUUGAAAAAAAAUUCAAUUAUUAUUAGCCAAUUAGAAGAAGAUAUUAAUGGUAUUGAAAAAAAUUAUUAUGAAAUACAUAGCCGUUAUGAUGGUUUACGUACAUUGGUAAAAGAAAUGGAUCAACAAUUAUCACAGAAAAAUUCUCGUAUAAAAGAAUUAAAAGAUAAAAUAAAAGAAAAAGAUGAUGAUUGUCUGCGAUUGAGACAACAGGCUGAUGAUGCUAUCGAAACAGCUAAUCAACGUUUAUCAAAUAAUAAUGAAACGGUUAAUCUAAAAGCACAGGUAAAAAUUCUUGAAAUGCGUGUAAAUGGUUUACAAUCACAGAUUGAACAAAAAAAUCGUGAAAAUGAAGAAUUAUCUAAUAUUGUUAAUGAAUUAAUUGCUAAUCAAAAAUCUUGAAUCUUGUGGUAAUUUGAAACAUUGGAUGCCUUGAAUAAUAAUAAUAAUGAUUUUUCAAAAUAAAAAAAAAAUACUUCAAAUACAUUCGACCCAGUGGCUUAAUUAUAAA